CCAGCCACAAACGGGUUUUUAGCCAUUUUCUUGGGUCCUAUCUUGACAGGAUGGCGGAGGAAGGAGCCGUGGCGGUCUGCGUGCGAGUCCGGCCGCUCAACAACAGAGAGGAAUCACUUGGAGAAACUGCUCAAAUUUACUGGAAAACUGACAAUAAUGCUAUUUAUCAAGUUGAUGGGAGUAGAUCUUUCAAUUUUGAUCGAGUCUUUCAUAGUAAUGAAACUACUAAAAAUGUGUAUGAAGAAAUAGCAGCACCAAUCAUCGAUUCUGCCAUACAAGGCUACAAUGGCACUAUAUUUGCCUAUGGGCAAACUGCUUCAGGGAAAACACAUACUAUGAUGGGUUCAGAAGAUUAUUUGGGAGUUAUACCCAGGGCAAUUCAUGACAUUUUCCAGAAAAUUAAGAAGUUUCCUGAUAGGGAAUUUCUCUUGCGAGUGUCUUACAUGGAGAUAUAUAAUGAAACCCUUACGGAUUUACUCUGUGGCACUCAAAAAAUGAAACCUUUAAUAAUUCGAGAAGAUGUCAAUAGGAAUGUGUAUGUUGCUGAUCUCACAGAAGAAGUGGUUUAUACCUCAGAAAUGGCUUUGAAAUGGAUCACAAAGGGGGAAAAAAAUAGACAUUAUGGGAAAACAAAAAUGAAUCAAAGAAGCAGUCGUUCUCAUACCAUUUUUAGGAUGAUUUUGGAAAGCAGGGAGAAGGGUGAACCUUCCAAUUAUGAGGGAUCUGUCAAGGUAUCCCAUUUGAAUUUGGUUGAUCUUGCAGGCAGUGAAAGAGCUGCUCAAACAGGAGCUGAAGGUGUGCGACUCAAGGAAGGCUGUAAUAUAAACCGAAGCUUAUUUAUUUUGGGACAAGUGAUCAAGAAACUUAGUGAUGGGCAGAUUGGUGGUUUCAUAAAUUAUCGAGAUAGCAAAUUAACACGAAUUCUCCAGAAUUCAUUGGGAGGAAAUGCAAAAACACGAAUUAUCUGCACAAUUACUCCAGUUUCUUUUGAUGAGACCCUUACUACUCUCCAGUUUGCCAGCACUGCUAAAUAUAUGAAGAAUACUCCUUAUGUUAAUGAAGUUUCAAGUGAUGAAGCUCUCCUAAAAAGAUAUAGAAAAGAAAUAAUGGAUCUUAAAAAACAAUUAGAGGAGGUUUCUUUGGAAACCCGAGCUCAGGCAAUGGAAAAAGACCAAUUGGCUCAACUUUUGGAAGAGAAAGAUUUGCUUCAAAAAGUACAGAAUGAGAAAAUUGAAAAUUUGACACGGAUGCUGGUGACUUCUUCUUCCCUUACAUCACAACAGGAGUUAAAGGCUAAAAUAAAACGAAGAGUUACUUGGUGUCCCGGAAAAAUUAACAAAAUGAAGAACUCAAACUAUGCAGACCCAUUUAAUAUGCCAUUGAAUAUAACAACAAGAGCACAUAAGCCUGCUGUAACUUUAUUAGGAGAAAUUGAUGAAUCUCUCUGUUCGGAGUCUGAUAUUUUUAGUAGCACCCUUGAUACAUUAACUGAGAUAGAAUGGAAUCCUGCAACAAAACUACUAAAUCAGGAAAAUGUAGAAAGUGAGUUGAAUACACUUCGUGCUAACUAUGAUAAUCUGGUAUUAGACUAUGAACAACUAAAAAGAGAAAAACAAGAAAUUGAAUUGAAAUUAAAAGAAAAGAAUGAUUUGGAUGAAUUUGAGGCUCUAGAAAGAAAAACUAAAAAAGAUCAAGAGAUGCAACUAAUUCAUGAAAUUUCCAACUUAAAGAAUUUAGUUAAGCAUGCAGAAGUAUAUAAUCAAGACCUUGAGAAUGAACUAAGUUCAAAAGUAGAAAUACUUAGGGAAAAGGAAGACCAGAUUAAGAAGCUACAGGAAUACAUAGACUUUCAGAAGUUGGGGGAUAUAAAAAUGGACUUGGCAUACUCACUGGAAAAUAUUAAAGACCUAAAACAAAUAAAACAGACUCUGUUUGAUGCUGAAACCAUAGCACUUGAUGCCAAGAAAGAAUCAGCCUUUCUUAGAAGUGAAAAUCUAGAACUGAAAGAGAAAAUGCAAGAACUUUCAAGUACAUGCAAGCAAAUGGAGAAUGAUAUUCAGUUAUCUCAAAGUCAAUUGAAGGCAAAAAAGAAAAUGCAAGUUGAUCUGGAGAGAGAAUUACAAUCUGCUUUUAAUGAAAUAACAAAACUCACCUCUCUUGUAGAUGGCAAAGUUCCAAAAGAUUUGCUCUCCAAUUUGGAAUUGGAAAGAAAUAUUACUGAUCUCCAGAAAGAACUGAAUAAAAAAGUUGAAGAAAAUGAAGCUUUAUGGAAAGAAGUAAAUUUGCUCUCAGAAUUGAAAUCUUUACCUUCUGAAGUAGAAAUGCUGAGGAAAGAGAUACAUGAUAAAUCUGAAGAGUUCUAUAUAAUAACAUCAGAAAAAGACAAAUUUUUCUCUGAAAUAGUUAAUAAGGAGGGUAUAAUUCAAAGUUUACUUGAAGAAAUUGGGAAAGUUAAAGAUGACCUAGCAACUACCAAGUUGAAUUAUAAAAGUACUGAUAAAGAUCUCCAAGAUUUCAAAACCCUUCAUAUGGAAUUUGAGCAGAAGUACAAGAUGCUCCUUGAGGAAAAUGAGAGAAUGAAUCAGGAAAUAGGAAAUCUCUCUAAAGAAGCACAAAAUUUUGAUUUAAGUUUAGAUGCUGUGAAGACUGAGCUUUCUCACAAGACCCAAGAACUUCAGCAGAAAACAUCUGAAAGUCAAGAAAGAGUAAAUGAAAUAAAACUGCUGAAAGAACAAUUAGAAAAUAGAGAUUCUUUGCUGCAGACUGUAGAAAGAGAAAAAAUAUUCAUUACUGAGAAACUUCAGCAAACCUUACAAGAAGUAAUAACUUUAACUCAAGAAGUAGAUGACCUAAAACAACUCCAAGAGAGUCUCCAAACUGAGAAGGACCAACUCAAAAGUGAUAUUCAGGAUACUGUAAAUAUGAACAUAGACACUCAAGAACAAUUACUAAAUGCUCUAGAGUCUUUGAAACAACACCAAGAAACAAUUAACAUUCUAAAAUUGAAAAUUUCUGAGGCAGCAUCUGGGAAUUUGCAUAUAGAGGAAAAUAUAGGAGAAACUAACAAUGAAUUUCAACAAAAGGUGGUUGGCAUAGAUAAAAACCAGAAUUUGGAAGUUAAAAAAACCCAAACAUGGACUGCAGAUGUUAAGGAUAAUGAGGUAAUUGAGCAACAGAAGAAGAUAUUUUCUUUAAUACAGGAGAAAAAUGAACUCCAGCAAAUGUUAGAGAGCAUUAAAGUGGAAAAGGAACAAUUGAAGACUGACUUAAAGGAAAAUAUUGAAAUGACCAUUGAAAACCAGGAAGAAUUAAGAAUUCUUGGAGAUGAACUUAAAAAGCAACAAGAUAUAGUUGUACAAGAAAAGAACAAUACCAUAAAGAAAGAAGAAGAGCUUUCUAGGACCUGUGAGAGACUAGCAGAAGUUGAAGAAAAGCUAAAGGAAAAGAGCCAGCUACUCCAAGAAAAACAGCAACAACUUCUUAGUGUACAAGAAGAGAUGAGUGAGAUGCAGAAAAAGAUGAAUGAAAUAGAAAAUUUAAAGAAUGAAUUAAAGAAUCAAAAAUUAACAUUGGAACAUGUGGAAACGGAGAGACUAGAGUUGGCUCAGAAACUUGAUGAAAAUUAUGAGGAAAUGAAAUCUAUAACCAAAGAAAGGAAUGAUCUAAAGAAAUUACAGGAUUCAUUUGAAACAGAGAAAGACCAACUUAACAGAUAUAUAAAAGAGAUUGAAGCUACAGGCCUACUAACUAAAGAAGAACUAAAAAUUGCUCAUAUGCAUCUAAAAGAACACCAAGAAACUAUUGAAGAACUAAGAAGAAACAUUUCUGAGAAGACAGCUCAAAUAAUAAAUACUCAGAAGGACUUAGAAAAAUCCAGUACUGAAUUACAAGAGAUUCCAGUGUUGCAAAAACAGGAGCUCCCUCCUAAUGUGAAAGAAGUCAGUGAAACUCAAGAAACAAUGAAUGAACUGGAGUUAUUGAAAGAACAAUCCACAACCAAGGACUCAACAACACUGGCAAGCAUAGAAAUGGAAAGGCUCAAGUUGACUGAGAAACUUCAAGAAAGUCAUGAAGAAAUAAAAUCUCUAACUAAGGAAAGGGAUGACCUUAAAAUGAUCAAAGAAGCACUUGCAGUUGAACACGACCAGCUGAAAGAAGACAUCAGAGAAACUUUGGCAAAAAUCAAAGAGUCUCAAGACAAACAGGAACAACCCUUCAGUGUGAAGGAAAAAGACAAUGAGACUCGUAAAACAAUGAGUGAGAUGGAGCAAUUGAAGGAACAUUUCAAAGCCAAAGAUUCAGCACUACUAAGCGUAGAAAUGACAAAGCUCAAGUUGUCUGAGAGACUUCAAGGAAGUCAUAAUGAAAUGAAAUAUUUAGCUAAGGAGAGAGAUGACCUACAGAGGCUGCAAGAAGUUCUUCAGUAUGAAUGCAAACAACUCAAAGAAAGCAUAAAAGAAAUCUUAGCUAAGCACCUGGAAACCAAAGAGGAACUCAAAGUUGCUCGUUGUUGCCUGAAAGAACAAGAGGAAACUAUCGAUAAGCUGAAAGUGAAUCUUUCAGAGAAGGAAACUGAAAUAUCAAGCAUUCAAAAAGAAUUAGAAGCAACCAGUGAUGAAUUACAGAAAAAGAUGCAAGAACUUCGGGAAAAAGAAUAUCAACUUAAGAUGAAAGUGGUCAAUGAAACUCAGGAAAAACUGCAUGAAAUGGAACACUUAAAGGAGCAAUUUGAGACCCAGAAAUUAACUCUGGAAAAUAUAGAAAUGGAGAACAUAAGGUUGACUCAGAAACUCCAUGAGAAUCUUGAAGAAAUGAGAACUAUAACAAAAGAAAGAGAUGACCUUAGGAGUAUGGAGGAGACUCUCAAAGUACAGAGAGACCAGUUCAAGGAAAACAUAAGACAAACUGUAAUUAGAGACCAAGAAAAACAAGAGGAACUGAAAAUUGCUUACAGGCAUCUGAAAGAGCAUCAAGAAACUACUGAUAAACUCAAAGAGAUUAUUUCAGAGAAAACAGAUGAAAUAUCAAAUAUUCAAAUGGACCUAGAAAAUGUAAAUACUGCCUUAAAAGCACAGGAUCUGAAAAAACAAGAGGAGCUAAGAAUUGUUUACAUGCAUCUGAAAGAGCACCAGGAAACUAUUGAUAAACUCAGAGGGAUUGUUUCUGAGAAGACUGAUGAAGUAUCAAAUAUGAAAAAAGAUUUAGAAAAGUCCAAUGCUAAAUUACAAGAAAAGAUUCAAGAACUUAAGGCAAGUAAACAUCAACUUUUUAAGUUAAAAGAAGAUAUCAGUGAGACACAGAAAAAACUGUCUGAAAUGGAACAAUUGAAGAAGCAAUGCAAAGACCAAAGUUUAACUCUGGAUAAAAAAGAAAUGGAAAACUUAAAUUUGGCUCAGAAACUUCAUGACAACCUUGACGAAAUGAAAUCUAUAAUGAAAGAAAGAGAUAGUCUAAGAAGAGUAGAGGAGACUCUCAAACUGGAGAGAGACCAACUUAAGAAAGACCUACAGGAAAUCAUAGCUAGCUAAUAAAAAAAUCAGGAAACACAACAGAAACUAAAAAUUGCUCAUAUGCAUUCAAAAGGACACCAAGAAACUAUUGAAUUUAGAGAAAAAGUUUCAGAAAAAACAACUCAAAUUUCAAAUGUUCAAAAGGACUUGCAUAUGUCAAAAGAUGAAUUACAGAAAAAGAUGUAUUAUAUUAUCCAAGAACAUCAGAAAAAAGAGCUUCAACUGCUUAAAGUAAAAGAAUGUGUCAAUAAAACACAUUAAAAAAGUAAUGAAAUGGAACAGUUGAAGCAGUUUGAGGCCCAAAAUAUAUCUAUGCAAAGUGUGGAAAUGGAUAACUUACACUUAACUAAGAAACUUCAUGAAAGUCUUGAAGAAAUAAGAAUUGUAGCUAAAGAAAGAGACUAGCAAAGGAGGAUAAAAGAGUCUCUCAAAAUGGAAAGAUACCAAUUCAGAGAAACCAUAAGAGAAAUGAUAGCUAGAGACCAACAGAACCACAAAGAGGUAGUAAAAUCUGAAAAAAUGUUACUAAAUGUUGGACAACAGCACUUUACAGAAAACCUGAGAGAAAAGUGCUUUAGGAUAAAAGAGCUUCUGAAGAAAUAUUCAGAGAUGGAUAAUGAUUAUGAAUGCCUGAGUAGACUGUCUCUUGACUUGAAGAAGGAAAUUGAAAUCCAAAAAGAACUUUCCAUUAGAGUAAAAGCAAACCUCUCACUUCCAUAUUCACAAACCAAACAAAUUGAAAAACUUUUUACUACAAACCAGAGAUGUUCCAUGGAAUUCCAAAGAGUUGUGAAGAAACUUAAGUAUGUGUUAAGCAGUGUUGCAAAGAUAAAAGAAGAACAAAAUGAAUCCAUCAAUAAAUUUGAAAUUGAUUUUAUUGAUGAAAUGGAAAAGCAAAAGGAAUUGCUAAUUAAUAUCCAGCAUCUUCAACAAGAUCAUGAUACAUCCUCCAAAGAAUUAAGGAACCUCAAAUUGAACCAGAAAAUGGAUCUGCAUAUUGAGGACAUUCUCAAAGAUUUUUCAGAAAGUGACUUCCCCAGCAUAAAGACUGAAUUUCAGCAAGUAUUAAGUAAUAGGAAAGAAAUGACGCAGUUUUUGGAAGAGUGGUUGAAUACUCAUUUCGAUGUAGAAAAGCUUAAAAAUGUCAUCCAGAAAGAAAAUGAUGGGAUUUGUCGAGUUAAUAACUUUUUUAAUAACAAAAUAACUGCCAUUAUGAAUGAAUCAACAGAGUUUGAGGAAAGAAGUGCAACCAUAUCCAAAGAAUGGGAAUAUGACCUGAGAUCACUGAAAGAGAAGAAUGAAAAACUGUUUACCAACUACCAAGCUUGGAAGACCUCCCUGACAUCUGGUGCCCGGGUUAAUCCUACCACACAAGACAAUAAGAAUCCUCAUGUUACAUUAAGAGCUACACAGCUAUCCACAGAGAAGAUUCAGGAGCUAGAAACUUCACUACAUAAAGCUAAAGAAAGUAUUAUACAUCAGGAAGUCAAGAUUACAAAGAUGCAGAAAGAACUUGAGAUGAGUAAUGACAUAAUAGCAAAACUUCAAGCCAAAGUUAAUGAAUCAAAUAAAUACUCUGAAAAAACACAUGAAAUGAUUCAAGUUCUUCAGGACAAAGUUGCACUGGCAGCUAAACCCUAUAAAGAAGAAAUUGAAGAUCUCAAAACAAAGUUGGUGAAAAUAGACCUAGAGAAAAUGAAAAAUGCUAAAGAAUUUGAAAAGGAAAUUACUGCUACAAAAGCCACUGUAGAACAUCAAAAAGAAGCUAUAAGGGUAUUGAGAGAAAAUCUUAGAAGAAGUCAACAGGCCCAAGAUACCUCAAUGAUUUCAGAACAUAGUGAUUCUCAGCCUUCAAAUAAGCCCUUAACCUGUGGAGGUGGCAGCGGCAUUGUACAAAACACAAAAGCUCUGAUCUUAAAAAGUGAAUAUAUAAGGAUAGAGAAGGAAAUGUCUAAGUUAAAGCAGCAAAAUGAACAGCUAUUAAAGCAAAAGAAUGAUCUGUUGAGCAAUAAUCAGCAUCUUUCCAAUGAGGUCAAAACUUGGAAGGAGAGAACCCUUAAAAUAGAGGCUCACAAAAAAGCAACUUGUGAGAAUUCUCCACCAAAUUCUCCAAAUGUGACUGGAACAGCUUCCGAAAAGAAACAAAUUACACCUUCUCAUUGCAAGGAACGGAAUUUGCAAGAUCCUGUGCCAAAGGAAUCACCAAAAUCUUGGUUUUUCGAGAGCCGACCAAAGUCUUUACCAACACCUCAUUUAGGUGGCUAUUUUGAUAACUCCGGUUUAGGCCUUUGUUCAGAGGUACAGACUGCAGAAGCAAAGAGUGUGACUUCUCAGCUCAACCGAUGGCACACCUCCUCAGGAAAAGAUGUGCCAGAGUGCAAAACUCAGUAGACUCCUCUUCUGCCAUUUUUCUGGGGCCUUGUUUGGAAAUGACUUUGUUUCUUUAUGUAUCUAUUCUUGGCAAUUAUGUCACAGUCCAACUUAAUUUCUAUUCAGUUUUUUCUUUACCACUGGAAUUAGAAAG